UGUAAACAUUUAUAACAGGAUGGCGUCUAUCUUGGCAAGAGGUGGGACAUUUUUGCGUGGGACAGCUAUUCGACAAUGUCAAAAGAUGUUGGGAGUGACCCCCGGCUUGGAUGGCCACCAGCAGUCAAGGCACCUUUCCAUCCAUGAACACCAGAGCAUGACCUUUCUGCUAAAUCAAGGAAUCAGUGUCCCAAAGUUCAAAGUAGCAAAAAAUGGCGAAGAAGUAUAUGCAAUAGCUAAAGAGCUAGGAAAGACCACGGACAGCACAGAUGUGGUGGUCAAAGCCCAAGUGCUGGCUGGUGGACGAGGCAAGGGAGUCUUUGACAGUGGACUCAAGGGAGGGGUCAAGAUUGUUUUCUCAGCUGAGGAGGCUAGAGACCUAGCCUGCAAGAUGAUAAACCACAACAUAGUCACUAAACAGACAGGAGAGGCAGGUCGGCCCUGCAAGGAAGUCAUGGUUUGUGAGAGGUUAUAUUCUAGGAGAGAAUGCUACCUGGCCAUCACAACGGACAGAGCUUAUGGGGGACCAGUGAUAGUAGCCAGUGCUGAGGGCGGUAUAGAUAUAGAAGAAUAUGCCAGGGAACAUCCACAGGGAAUUAUUAAAGAACCUAUUGACAUCACUACUGGAAUCCGGAAAGAACAGGCUCUCUCUGUAGCUGGACAGCUAGGAUUUUCUGAAGAAAGGAAAGAAGAGGCAGCAGAUUAUAUAAUGAAAUUGUACCACAUGUUUUUGGACCUAGAUGCCUCUCUUAUAGAAAUUAACCCUUUAGCUGAAGAUAUAAAAGGCAAAGUCUACUGUAUGGACUGCAAGAUCAACUUUGACGACAAUGCCAAAUUUAGACAACAAGAGCUUUUUGGACUGCAGGAUUGGUCUCAGGAGGACGAGAGAGAUUACAAAGCUCAUCUGGCUGAUCUCACUUACAUUGGCCUGGACGGGGAUAUUGGUUGCCUGGUAAAUGGUGCUGGACUAGCUAUGGCUACUAUGGACAUUAUUAAGGUGCACGGCGGGGCUCCUGCCAACUUUUUAGACAUAGGAGGUGGGGCAUCUGUGGAACAAGUGACGGAGGCCUUCAAACUCAUCACAUCUGAUCCUAAGGUGCGAGCUAUCCUGGUGAAUAUAUUUGGUGGAAUUAUGAGGUGUGAUAUCAUUGCCCAGGGCAUCAUAGAAGCUGCUCAAACUCUUCAGCUGAAAGUGCCUAUUGUUGUAAGGUUACAAGGCACAAGAGUGGACGAUGCCAAGAUGUUGAUCGCUAAUAGUCCACUAAGAAUACUCGCUGAUGAUGACUUAGACAGUGCUGCCAAGAUGGCAGUAAAACUGGCCAAUAUUGUGGGGCUCGCACAAGAAGCCAGGGUCGAUGUACAGUUUGAGCUGCCAAUAUAACACAAACUCUUAGCAAUAAAUUUACUCACAAUUUAUUUGCGAACAACCUAUGUAUAAGCUCAUUGUGUGGUCAGUCAGUCA